GGGCCUGGUUCUGGGGGCGCCCCGCCCGCCGCCCGGCCCCGCCCGGCCCACUGGGCCCGCGUCCCGCAGGAGCCGCAGGCAGAGCGUCCGGCGGCCGGGAGGGACUGGGAUCCACAGCCAGACGCACGGACGCAGGGACGCCGGAGCCCGCCCGAGCAUGUGGAAGCUGGGCCGGGGCCGGGUGCUGCUGGACGAGCCCCCCGAGGAUGAGGACGGCCUGCGGUGGGGACCGCCACAGGCCGCCGCCGCCGCCGCCCAGGCGCAGGUUCAGGGAGCAAGUUUCCGAGGUUGGAAAGAAGUAACUUCACUGUUUAAUAAAGAUGAUGAGCAGCAUCUCCUGGAAAGAUGUAAAUCUCCCAAGUCCAAAGGAACUAACUUGCGAUUAAAAGAAGAGUUGAAGGCAGAGAAGAAAUCCGGAUUUUGGGACAAUUUGGUUUUAAAACAGAAUAUACAGUCUAAAAAACCAGAUGAGAUUGAAGGUUGGGAGCCUCCAAAACUUGCUCUUGAAGACAUAUCAGCUGACCCUGAGGACACCAUGGGUGGCCACCCAUCCUGGCCAGGCUGGGAGGAUGACGCCAAAGGCUCAACCAAGUACACCAGCCUGGCCAGCUCUGCAAACAGCUCCAGGUGGAGCCUGCGCUCGGCAGGGAGGCUGGUGAGCAUCCGGCGGCAGAGUAAAGGUCACCUGACGGACAGCCCGGAAGAGGCGGAGUGAGGGGGGCUGUGUGGCGAGGGUGGCCUUUUAUUAGUAUACCAUUUAGUUGUUGAGUCUUUUCUGUGUUAAAAAGAGAGUCUACUUUUUGCCUAUAUUUCAUAUUUGGACCUCUGUUUCAUUGUUUAAUGAACUCACACACACUGUGACUCCUUGGUGAACAUGUGCAGGGAUUGUACAUUUGAUUGCCUUACUGCAGAAAUAUUCACCCACUUAGUCCAUGUUUUGCAGAAACUGGAGAUGUGAAUUUUUGAUGCUGUCCCUUAAUACAACAGUAAUGAUUUGCAGUUUGCCACAAAAUGAUUUUCACGCUGCUCUCUGCUGUUGUUCUGUUUCAAAACUUGUGUACGUACAAGAAAUUUUUCUUGUAUGUAGCACAUAUGCAUCAUCUGUGACACAUGAUAAUGCAGCAGUUAUGCAGUUCUCUUUUGCCAGAAAAUUACAGUCAGGAGGUAAGAUGAAUCUUCCUCAGUUGUGUUGAAUUUUGUUUAACUUUGUUUUUUUUUUAAAUUAAAAGAUAUGUAAACAAAUACUGGAAAAGCAAAGGUUAUAUUUGGGUGUAAAAUGUCAGUAUCUUAAAAUGCAUGCUCAUCUUUUGCUGAGGAAGGAAUAGCCUCUUGUGUGCAUUGGAUGCUAACAGUGGUUCUUUUUUGGGAUUUAAUUUUUACCUCUUUUGAACUUAUAAAUUAGUCCCUUUAUUUUCUUAAAAAAUUUGCUCUCUUUUUUGUUCACAGAUUCAAGAAGUAUGGACAAAUUUUAGUCACUUGAUAAUUUUGUUUAGGAAACAGUCUCUUGCUCAUUAUACAGAGUUAAGACUGUGCAUAAAAUACUGAAGUGCCUCUCUUUUUUAUUAGGCUCAUAUGUUUGUUUUCUCAAAGCCAGAUGCCUAUUGUGAUUGGUGUUAGAUUUGUAAGAAGCUGUGUUUCCUCCACAAGAAUAACUGACAACCAAUUUGAGAGCAUCUCUCGUGCUCUUUUUCUGUCUGCUUACUGUCCUUGACAGUGUGAUCCUGCACAGUAUCAGGUGCCAGUUAUGUGUCCCCAGCAGGUCGGGUCAUAUCAGCGGGUGUUGCAGACAUCUAAAGUAAAAGUGGUUUGAAAGAAAAGGUAUGUUUUUCUUUUUUGUUUAAAAGCAAAAUAAAACCUCCAGUUACACUGUGCAUUCCCUUCACAUAAAAACAAGACAAAAAUCCUUUCUUGAGUUGCGCGGCAUGCACUUCUGUGCUGUUUCAUGCAUAUGGUUUUUCCUUGAGUUUGUUCCUGUGGAAUAAUUGAGUGUGCCUGAUGGCAGAACACACUGCAGUGCUACCAGUGUCUGCAUGUGUUUUAACAUAGAACAGGUUUACUUGAUCUGUCAUUUAUUAUGGCAAAAACAGCAAUUUUGCACCAUCCCAACCCUAACCUAAUCCAUCCAUCCAUCUGGCUAAAGCGAUAAUCUGUAUCAAUCGCUUAUACCUAUCACUCAUCUGUAUCUGUUCAUCUGUCCUCUGUGUCUAUCAGUCAUCUAUCAGGCUACAUCUAUCUAGCCAUCUGUCAAUCUACUUUUUUUUCAAUAGAACAAGUUUACUUAUCAAGUCUUGAAAGGGGGACAUGCUUCAAGUUGUGUUCAAACAAAAAUUCCAGUUUGUAUUGGAACCUUGAAAUUGUGAAGUUAUGGAGGUUUUCUUUGUUCCAUAAUACAGAGAAAAGCUUAUAAUUUUUAGUAUAACAGCUAUAUUGACAAAUUCUAAGUUUCCUUAGGUAAAUAGUUGUAACUCUCCUUCUCCCUAGAGAAUUGCUUGCUGGGGUAGUAAAAACAUCGCCCAUGUCAUGGCUUCUGCAAUACUUUCAAGCAGAAGUCAGUGUAGGGUUGUUUCUGGCUUACAUGGUCUUGCUGCACAGGAAUGUAAACACUGUGUUUGGAAGUCUGGAGAUCACACGUGUGGGGAGAUGGGGGCCACUGGCCCACAUUGUGGGGAGCACGGUGGCUGUGAUGGCUGCGGUUGCUGUGCCUCUGUUGGAAUGCUAAGUGCCUGCAACCCACAUCGAUCAUAGAAUUGUGAUGCAUAGUUGGCAAAAUAGUUCUUUAUGCGGUUUCUCAAAAUUUGAGGAUAAACCCAGAUUGGGAUUGGAAUAUGCACUGUAAAUCAGAUUUUUCUUAUCUAUAAGACUAAUGUAAAAAUCAUUUUUUGUUCUGUGCCUGAUUAAAAUAAUUAUGGUUUUUAAUAUAAAUAUUUAUUUGUGUGCUUUGGGAGAAAAAUGAUCUUUUCUUGAAAGAACCUACCAAAGCACAUUUGUCAUCUUCACAAGUUAAUGGGAGAAUGUGGUUUUGAUUUUGGGUGUCUGACUUGCGGAAACACACAGCUUCCCUGUGUGAAGACAGUUGUCCUGUGCUCCUCCUACUGUGCUUUUUAAAAUAGGAAAGUCAUGGGCUUCAGAGAAGGGUUCCUCAAGGUUGAAGUUUUUAAAAAAUAAAAGUAUUGUUUCUAAGCUCUUUCAUUAUUGGUUUGCAUGAUUAUUGGCAUCUGCUUAUGAUGGUUUUAAUCACUCAGAGCUAAUGGCACCUUUCCUGACCAUUUAGCCUCGUUUUAGAAUGCAGUCAACACAUGUAGACUUUUCACGAAUAAAUGAACCACUUCAACCUUGGUUUUCAA